AUGCCCACAUCAUCACAAAGAGCGACACGGCUCAGCACAUCCGCCUCGUCCGAUGUGGCUGAGCAUCUCACCUCCACCUCCUCUAAAAGAAAGAUGGCAGCCUCCUCUUGCUCUGCAUCUUCAUCCAAUAGAUCUUCGGCUGCAUCUUCCGGCGUCAUUCCAACAGUAGCCGCGCGCAAUGCUUCCAACAAGAAUAUCAACAGACAAGAGCGUCGUCUCGAAGAUCUUUUAGACGACACCUUUGCAGCAGAUGAUACUCGCAGAAUGGACAUCAGCAUGGGCGCUUUUCAACCCCUCAAGACGGCAUCAAAGAGGAGCAGAGAAAAUGCCGAGGCUGCUGCGCGCAAGCUCAAACAAGCGACCAACAGACGCCAAGAACCAGCCAAGGCGAAACGCAAGCUUCGUCAAACUCUGGGCGAUGACUCUGACGACGACUUCAUCUUCAGUCGUGAGCCUGCCCAACGCAAUGCACCCUCUUCAUCAUCCUCAGCCUCAGCAGCGGCGACAGGCAGCGCUGCAGCUGCAAGGGCACAGCAAUCUCGCAACGGUACAACAAUACCCUUCUCCAGCCGUACCGUUUACGAGCCAUUGCCGGAUGCUGCAGCUGGCGAAACACCAAUCAUCAGAAGAAAUCAAGCCUUCCGAGCAGGCUUGGAGAAUAAGCCAAGGCCUCCCACUGGUCGUGAAGCCGAGCAACAAUCUCGUCGCACCAGUCUCACUCUUAAAGGCCAACGCCGUGUCUCGUCCUUACGCGACGGAACUGCAGCAUACCCUCAUGACGAUGUGCCAGACUACGAACUCUUCCGACAUUGCAGUGACCAGCUGCCUCCCGUCGUACGCAUGAAACAUUUGGUUGGCUGGAUUGUCAAACGGUCUCUUGACAUUGCACAUGGCAAAGCGGAACUGCCCCUUAGAGCGAGAGAUGCAGCAAAGAAGGCAAAGGGCAAGGCGAAAGAAGCCAACCAACUGCCAGUCUUCACAGACGCCGAGUCAAAGCUCCUCGGAUCAAGAGAAGCAGAAGUCAGAGCGGUGCUAGAUCAGAUCCUCUCAGACCUGAAUGACGGCGUUUUCGGCAUCAGCUGGAUGGGUGAAUCCAACGAGACAGACAAGAAGCAUCUUCAACCACAUCCACGGAACGAGUCGAACCGCAAAGCCGCCGCUCAGUUGUCAGCGAUUGUAGAAAACAUGCGCAACGAGUCGCAAGCUUGGAGCAAAGAACAAACUCGACUGGAAGACUACGAAGCGGAAACGAGCAGGCUAGAAGCCUUGUUGCAGGAGAACAGUGCUGCCGAAACAGGCGACAUUAUUGCAUGGGAUCGCAAUGAUUUAGACGAAGUUGGCUUGCAGCAGUUGCGUGAUGCCGAGGCAGCCAUCGACUGUUUACGGCAACUUGAACAUGGUGAGGGCGCAGAGGCCCCGAAAGCCAAGCCGCGUUCCAAAGGACGCACGUCGAAAGCUGCCAACGCACGACAAGAGCAUGGCGCAGAACCCAAGGGAACAGAGCACGACCCACGAUGGGCCGAUGUUGAGUUCAACGUUGAUCUUCUGCGUUCACGCUCACAUCAAUUUGCACAACUCGAAUCUCUUGCAAGCAGAUACGUCCGAACCGUCUCAGCUCACGCAGCGCAAGCACUCCGCGACCGUACCUCAUCCUCCAGUGCACUGGCCGGCACUUCCUCCUCCAGUGCCAAAGAUGGACGUCGCAAGUCCGCAACUGGCAGCAAGAACGGUCACGGCGGCAGCGAGCGUCUCGAAGUGUUACUCAGCGGCGUACGAGAAUCGCGCUCUAUCUCGCAACCUUUGGCGGAUGGCAAGCCGGUCAAUGCGGCGGAUCAGAGUGUUGCAGACGUUAGCGCAAGCAUGGCUACAGUUGAACCGGAUGAGAGUGAUCCCACCGAUUUGUUACGAGCUUUGGCUCGCAUGUAA